AUGAUUAAUUUUGUGAUCAUCAUUAGCAGCUGCUAAUUGAAUAGUGCACUUUUCUGUUCUAAUCAGGGAGUGAUUAGAAAACUACAAUAGUCAAAUGAUCAGCAGAGUAAUUUUUUGCUUGAAAAACUAUUUUGUAAUUUGUUCCAGCAACAAUUUGGGAAAAUCCUUAUACUGUUUCUCCAAGCUUAACAUCUGAAUUAAUAGCAUCAUUUUUGCACUCAGUCAAAAAGUGGUUUAAAGCAUAUUCUCUGGCUUUAAUAAAUCCAUUAGGGGGAUUAUUUAAGUUUACAGGAGAAUAACCUCCAACUAAAGUAGAAUGGUUUUGCUUAAAGCAUAAAACUGAGCUGA